AUGGGAUACAGUACUACCACCACCAUGUCAUUCAACAAGUUUCUGGAAAAGGUUGAAGGUGCACCAGUCGACAAAAUCUCGAAGAUAUUUGGCAUUCAAUGGAAUACCGAAACCGACCAACUCAUCUUGUCAAUGCCUAAAUCGCCAGAAAUAAACACAACGUGGACAAAAAGAAAAGUUCUCAAGCACGUAGCAAGCAUAUACGAUCCACUUGGAUGGGUGUCUCCGUCAACACUCAUUGCCAUUGCCAAAGCUUUCGUUCAGAAACUGUGGAAAAUUCAGUUCUCAUGGGAUACAGUACUACCACCAGAACUCUCUCAGGAAUGGACAAUUCAAAAAAUUCGAUUUCCAAGAAAAAUUGCCCACACUUCUACGUAUGACACGAAAUACGACCUACACAUCUCCACGGAUGCCUCCAAAACAGCAUACUGUGCGGUCGCUUACAUAGUGAGUCAUCAAAACAAUCAUCAUCCAGAGAUCGCUUUCCCAAUGGCUAAAUCACACAUCAUCAUCACCAUUUCGAACAACACCAACAAUAUAACGCCUCGAAUUUCGCUAAUCAUAAUAAGGGCAAAAUUUGCAGGUUUCCUGCUAUCUCAACUUCAUAUCAUUAAUCAGCAGUCGUAUAUAUUGUCAGACAGGAAGGUCGCGCUUAUGUGCGCUAAAUGCGAGAAAUCCCUCCCGGUUUUCAUCAGAAAUCGUGUAAAGAGCAUCAAAACCAAUGCACCAUCAGCGACACUACACUAUAUACCUGGAGAUCAAACCCGGCAAGUGUUCGCUGGUCCCGCUUUUCUUCGUGACUCUGAAGAAAAAUGGCCAGAAGACACUAGUCAUCUCACAACUACUGAUGACGACGAACAAGAAGAAGUUUCCUCUCAUCAGAAACUACGACUUCACACAUACUACUGUUUCAAGAAGAACGAUUCAACUCCUGGACGAGACUUCUCAACACUAUAG